CUAUUUGAAAAUGCAUGUUUUAAAUCUAGUGAUUCUACUGUUACUUCCAGCAGUGAAAAGUGAAGACGACUGUCCUUCCACUGCCAAAUCUCAGUUAGCUGAAAUUCGGCUGAGAAGGCAUCUGCUGUGUGACUACGAUAAGUACGUCCGACCUGUUUUCACGAAAAACCAAACUGUAUAUUUGAAAAUAGGAUUGUCGUUAAAAUAUUUUCAGUUCGACAUGCAUGACAAUAGUUUUACACUUGAAAGUUGGAUGAAUUUGUACUGGAGAGAUCUACAUCUUACCUGGAAACCUGAAGAAUACGAUUCCCUUGAAGACAUCCGUAUGCCUAUUAACGACAUAUGGAUUCCUGAUCUUUCUGCUUAUAACAAAAGAAUUCAAGGUGGAGAACAAUCACUUGCACAAAGUACUAUCUGUAUAGUGGAAUUCACCGGCAACGUCACAUGCGUACCAUCAAUAAGUCUUACAACAACUUGUACACACGAUUUAACUAAAUAUCCAUUCGACACACAUAGUUGUUACGUCUAUUAUGGUUCCUGGACCUACACAGGAGAAGAAUUAAAGCUAGACUUUCUCUCAUCUCCGAUAGAUCAAACAGACCUAAUAGAGAAUGGAGAAUGGAAAAUACUCAAAAGCGAUUACAAUCGUAGUUACAGAGUAUAUGGCUGUUGUCCUAAUAGUACCUACCCAAUAAUAACUAUUCACUUCGAGAUUGAAAGAAUACCAGGAGCUCAUAUUAUCAGAGUCAUUUUACCUGCCAUUGCUUUGGUGAUUAUCACCUUAACGUCCUUUUGGAUUGCUCCAGACAGUUCGGAUCGUUUGAAUUUAUGUUACAUUAAUUUUAUUGCUGCGUUUCUUUAUGUGCAGUACAUAACAUCUUUGGUUCCAAUGAAAGCUGAUACAAUUCCAUUAAUAUUAUUUUUUGCUAGAGAUUCGCUGCUGUUAUCGACCUUCACAAUAAUUUUCAGCUUGAUUUUGAAGUAUAUGGUUAAGAAUGAAAAUCCAGCUCCGCUGUGGAUGUCAAGGGCUCUAAUGAUCUUCAAGUGGUUCAAACUUAGAAAAGUACUUCUCCGACGGAAUCUUUCAUUGGAAAUUCUCAGUUUAAAUAAGGAAGAUGGAAAUGACGUAAACGUGAAUGACGACGGUUUGCGAAAAAAAGAGUGUAUGAUAUUUGCUCAAUUUUUAGACAGAUUGUGUUUCUUGGUUUUCUUAGUUUUAUAUUCGUGUAUGUUUGUGGCUUUUACCCCUUAAAAGCAAUCGUUUUCAAUAAUUACAGAGUAAGGAUUUAUUCUCGUAUUUUUGUGUUUUAAAAUAAUAUUUACCAGUGGCGGCUCGUGAACUUUUCUUCAGAGGAGGCUCAAAUUUGAAAAGCACUACUUUUUAUAUCUUUUAUUAUCUGAAUAAUUUUUUUCGUCAUGCCCACGAAAAGAACACUCUUGCGUUGACAGAUAAAUUAUAUUGCAUCGAUUAGUCUUUUCAAAAUUGCCCAAUUUUCACCAACUUUCUCGUAAUAGUUCUCCCUUUUAUGAGCCGAAUCUAAAUUAUUGGCAAUGUUUUGCUUACCAAGCAUUUCUAAUUUAAUCGAAGAAAAUAUGUGUUCCUGUGAUUUUUCAUGUCUUUCUAUAGCUCGUGACAAAUUUUGUAAAUUAUUAUAGCCUGUUUUACCCCAAGCGGAA